AUGUUGUCACCGCCGCAUGAGAAGAUGAAAUUGGAUCCGUCGCCGCCUCCGUCGUUGUCUAUAUUGUCGGUACCAAAUGAAGUGGCUCUGGAGUACCUGUCUCUGGUCUCGAGAUCGGACCAUGCGGCCUUGUGUGCCGUCUCCAGGAGUUAUCGGUCUCUAGUGGGUUCGCCUCAUCUCUACGAGAUCCGAUCUCUGAUGGGUCGCACCGAGACAUACGUCUAUGUAUGCAUAAGAGCCCCUCCUCCGGGCCCAAGCCCACGGUGGUAUAUCCUCCGCCGCAGAGAAACCUCCUCCGAUCUGAUUCCGAUCCCUUCGCUCCCCUCCCAGGCUCAGGAGUCAUCCUCCGUGGUGGUGGUGGAUUGGGGGAUCUAUGUAAUCGGUGGAUUGACAAAGGGGAAGGCCACCUCCGAUGUGUUUCUCUUGGAUUGUAGGACGCACAAGUGGCGUCAAGUCCCUUCCAUGAGAUUGGCUCGAGCUAACGCUGCUGCUGGAGUCGUGGACGGGAAGAUUUACGUGUUAGGAGGCUGCAAGUUCGACUCGGGGGAGCUAUUUGAUCCAAAGACUCAAACUUGGGAUUCUUUGAAACCGUUUCCGGAGGAGCUUGAGCUCCAUGGUCGGUAUAUCCAUGACAGCUUUGUGCGUGAUCAAAAGGUUUACGCAGUGUGUGGAAAAAUUGAUGGUACUGAUACAACAUUUUACUACUCGCCGAGAGAAGAUAAUUGGGGAAGAGGGAAUAGUCGUAGCUCGUUAGGAAACGCAAGGGAUUGGUGUAGGGUUGGUGAUUUGCUCUACUCUAUUAGUAGAGACGGCACUAUUUAUUGGUGUGAGCCAGAGGAGUUGGAUUGGCGUGAACCAGAGGGGAUGGUAACUAAAGAGGUCAAGGGUUUGGACUCUCUCAAGAAGAGUCUCUCUUGUUCCAGACUCAUCUUCUUUGAUCACCAGAAUGUGCAUCUCUGGGAACAGUUUAGGAAAGUCUACAAUGGUACUUUUAGGAUCCCGGAGGUGAUGGAUUUACUUCCCGGGGCCAGACUCACCACCUUUGGCCCCAACAUGUUACUCUUCUGGAGCGUACUCGUGGGAGAUCGUCUUCAGAUUUCCUGUGCGGAGAUCUCCUUGGAGAGGCAAGGCCAAGGAGACGAGGUUCGGGGAAAUAUCGAGUCGACUAGUGUUGUCCUCACCGUUGAUCCUUUCGACUACGGCUACAAGGUUUUGUAUUCGGCUUCGGUCCUUGUUUAA